AUGCAGGUGGGCGUUCGAGCCACGAUAGCCACCAUGAAUAAGGCGGCUGGCGGGGACGAGCUCGCAGAACUCUUCCGUCUCAUCCCGGACCUUCUGCAGGCUGCCAACAGCAGUGGCAACACGUCGCUGCAGCUCCAGGACUUGUGGUGGGAGCUGGGGCUAGAGUUGCCCGACGGCGCCGCGCCAGGGCAUCCCCCGGGUAGCGGCGGGGCGGAGAGCGCGGACACCGAGGCCCGGGUUCGGAUCCUCAUCAGCGUGGUGUACUGGGUGGUUUGCGCGUUGGGGCUGGCGGGCAACCUGCUGGUGCUCUACCUGAUGAAGAGCAAGCAAGGCUGGCGCAAGUCCUACAUCAACCUCUUCGUCACCAACCUGGCGCUAACGGACUUUCAGUUUGUGCUCACCCUGCCCUUCUGGGCAGUAGAGAACGCUCUCGACUUCAAAUGGCCCUUCGGCAAGGCCAUGUGUAAGAUCGUAUCCAUAGUGACGUCCAUAAACAUGUACGCCAGCGUCUUCUUCCUCACCGCCAUGAGCGUGGCGCGAUACCACUCGGUGGCUUCAGCUCUUAAGAGCCACCGGACCCGAGGGCACAGCCGGGGCGACUGCUGCGGUCAGAGCCUGGAGGACAGCUGCUGCUUCUCGGCCAAGGCACUGUGCGUGCUGAUCUGGGCCUCGGCCGUGCUGGCCUCCCUGCCCAAUGCCAUCUUCUCCACCACGAUCAAGGUGAUGGGCGAGGAGCUGUGCCUGGUGCGCUUCCCCGACAAGUUGCUGGGCGGCGACAGGCAGUUCUGGCUGGGCCUCUACCACUUGCAGAAAGUGCUGCUAGGCUUCGUGCUGCCGCUGGGCAUCAUUAGCCUGUGCUAUCUGCUGCUGGUACGCUUCAUCUCCGACCACCGCGUGGCAGGGACCGAAGGAGGCGCCCCAGCGGCUGGAGGAGGCUUGGCUGGAGCCAGCGCCCGGAGGCGGUCUAAAGUCACCAAAUCAGUGACCAUCGUGGUCCUGUCCUUCUUCCUGUGUUGGCUGCCCAACCAGGCGCUCACCACCUGGAGCAUCCUCAUCAAGUUCAACGCAGUGCCCUUCAGCCAAGAGUACUUCCUGUGCCAGGUAUACGCGUUCCCCGUGAGCGUGUGCCUGGCUCACUCCAACAGCUGCCUCAACCCCAUCCUCUACUGCCUCGUGCGCCGAGAGUUCCGCAAGGCGCUCAAGAACUUGCUUUGGUGCAUCGCGUCGCCUUCGCUCACCAGCAUGCGCCCCUUCACCGCCACCACUAAGCCAGAGCCCGAGGAUCAGGGGCUGCAGGCCCUGGCGCCUCUCCACCCGGCCGCGGAGCCCGACCUCUACUACCCGCCUGGCGUGGUGGUCUAUAGUGGGGGACGCUAUGACCUGCUGCCCAGUAGCUCCGCCUACUGA